UCUCUCCUCGCUGUGGGUCUUCUUCCUCCUUGUGCCCUAGAUCUCAUACACCUGUUUGAAUCUACACCCGACUUCGUGAUCCGUAUGGAGAUCUAUCCGUUGUGAAUCAGAUAAAGAAUCCUCUUAAAUCCAGUUUAUUGAAGUCGGUUACGGGACUUUACGUAUUCUCACUUAGUAAAGAGUUGCUGGAGAACGUGUAUAGAUUGUUUCAAAGUCAGGCUGUUAUGUGUUGCUUUUGAUGAAGUCAGCAAAGCUGUGGCAUCUAAACAUGAAAGACAUGCACCGUAACCGCCGUAGCCACGCAAAGAAGCCAACAUGGAUUAUUGUCUUGGUUUCGUUGGUCAGCCUAUUCUUGAUAUGUGCUUUUAUAUAUCCGCCCCACAACUCUUCUGCCUGUUAUGUUUUCUCUUCUAAUGGUUGCAACGGCUUUUCCCACUGGCUGCCACCUGCUCCUACUAGGGAGUUUACUGAUGAAGAGAUCGCUGCUCGUGUUGUGAUGAAUGAUAUUUUGAAUACACCUUCAUUUCAAUCAAAAACCCCGAAAAUUGCUUUCUUGUUCUUGAUCCCAGGUUCAUUACCUUUCGAGAAGCUGUGGGAUAUGUUUUUUCAUGGCCACGAGGGCAGAUUCUCUGUUUAUGUACACGCAUCUAAAGACAAACCAGUUCAUUUUAGCCGCUACUUCAUCAACAGAGAGAUUCGCAGUGACAAGGUAGUGUGGGGAAAGAUAUCAAUGGUCGAUGCAGAGAGACGCCUUCUGGCAAAUGCACUCAAAGACCCUGACAACCAACACUUUGUGUUACUUUCUGAUAGUUGUAUACCGUUGCAUGAUUUUGACUACGUGUUCAACUAUCUGAUGUACACAAACAUCAGCUUCGUAGAUUGCUUUGAGGAUCCUGGUCCACUUGGGAGUGGCAGGUACUCGGAGCAUAUGUUACCUGAAGUUGAGAAGAAUGACUUUCGGAAGGGUGCACAGUGGUUCACAAUGAAGCGCCAGCACGCAGUUGUAGUAAUGGCUGACAAUCUUUACUACUCAAAGUUCCGAGAUUAUUGCAAGCCAGGUAUGGAUGGUCGAAAUUGCUAUUCGGAUGAACAUUACCUGCCAACCUUUUUCCAUAUGCAUGAUCCAGAUGGCGUUUCUUACUGGUCAGUGACACAUGUUGAUUGGUCAGAAGGAAAGUGGCAUCCAAAAUCAUAUGGGGCUCAAGAUAUUUCCUAUCAGCUUCUGAAAAAUAUCUCUGCAAUUGAUGAAAGUGUGCAUGUUACAAGUGAUGAAAGGAGAGAAAUACAGGUCAGACCAUGCUUGUGGAACGGAAGGCAACGACCAUGUUAUUUAUUUGCGAGGAAGUUCUUGCCAGAAUCUCUGGAUAACUUGAUGCAACUUUUCUCCAACUACACAAUGAUGUGAAUGGGACAAUAUUAUCAAUCCUAAUUCUUUGGUCGGACCAGUUGCUCUUCGACCCUUUAUCAUCUUCGUUUCUCGUGUAGCUUACGAUGUUGUAAAGCGCCUCACCAUAGAAGGACUGAAUGCCCCUCCAAUGUGCUCCCCUUUAUAUCGAUUGCACAGGCAACUGGCAUAGCAGUUACAGUGACUUUUGAAUUCAAGCUGGAAGUGGAGAUGCUGUUGCUAGCGUUGCUCGACUUGGGGAUGGCUGAAAAAUAGUCUUCAUUUUUUCCCGCUAUUUUGGGCUUAUUUAUGUUACAGUUGUAGUUUUCUUUUUCUUUUUCUUUUUUUACUGAAAUUUUGGAUACUUCAUUUCACUGAGGUUAAUUGUUUGACCUUUUGUAAAAGUUGGAAAUGUGAAUUUGCAAAUAGUCUUACUA